AUGAAGCUCAACUUUGGUCUUCUGCUGAUUGCAGCCAUGCCUAGUGCUGUGCUUUCUCGUGUUGUUCCUAAGAGCGAGGAACUCGCAAACGAUGAUCCUAUGGCCAAGGAACUGGCCAACGUAUUCGCCGCCCAAAAAUGCUGGACCAGGUCUCCGUACGGUUGCUCCAAAGAUAGAUAUUGCUGGAAACAAUGUGGAAACAAUGGUCAAUGGUGCUGGACGGCUCAUGCUGGUGGAACUGGCCCCUGGACUUCUUGCAGUACUGACGCAGACUGUGUGCCUGGAAAGGAUGACUCCGAUUUCGUUGGCUCACCUUGUGCGAAGCCACUGUACUUAUAA